AUGGCGCUGUGGACUCCUGGCCCCGUGUUCCAGCCCCCUGCAGAGCUUCCUGGACACUGGAAGGAGCAUCUUCCAUCUUUCCAGCAGGACUGGAUCCGGAAGGCUUUAUUCAGGGCUAACCCUAAAACAGGGAAGCCAGAGCUGGUGCCACAGCUCACCUUCUGGUGGUACCCUCCCCAGCCUCCGACCACCUUCACCCAACCUCAUGCCUCUCCUGAUCUCUUCUUCUGCCGCCCUUUGUUUCUCUGGAUGCCUCUGAAGAUGUGGUCCAUUCCACUCAUCUGUGUCCAGCCAGCUUGCAAUAGUCACAGGCUGACUGCAGCUGGCCUGUACAGCACUGUGCGCAAGGUGCUGGACAUAGAUGGGUGGUAUGAUAUGGCCACAGAGUAUCUAGAGUGCAAAGGGUGUAAGAAGAAGUAUCCGGCCUGGUCAGAGGACAUCCUGGGACAGCUGGACAUGGGACACCGCAGGAAAUUCCCCGCCCUUCUGACAUACAGGUACUCAUGCGACUACAGAGUGGUCAUCCUGAUGCGGGAGAGAACACAGGGCAACAGCGUCACGCAGCUUCACAAGAAGCUGCAAGAGGAGCACAGCGCAGCAUGGACCCGGCGCACGCUGGAGUACUUUGCUGCCUGUGAGCCCUUCACUGACUCCUGUCUGGUCGAGCCGCCAGUGUUCUCUGCCCCCCCGCCCCUCCCGGCCCUCCCUAAACCCAAGUGGCUCCUGGCUGUGUACGCCAGGGACGUCCUGUCACGGCUGCCUGAGGUAAAGGCCAGAAUAACCUCUGUGUUUGGCUCCGUGCUCAAGAUGGACUCCACCAAAAAGGUUACCAAGAAACUGGCCGGUGCAGCUGCCAACACAGCUGGGUGGUGCACCAAUGUGGGCAACGAGCAUGGCCAGGUUCUGGUGUCAGUCCUGACAGCAGCAGAGGGCCAUGGACUGUGGCCCAUGGCGGCUGGUCUUAUGAGGCGCUACAGAGAGGCAGGAGUGGCACCUCCUGCCAUAAUGUAUGUGGAUCGGGACUGCUGCAGCCCCCACGGACAGUCACAGGUGCAUCUUUCAGCUGAUGUUGCUGCUCUUAGGCUGGCCAAGCAGGGGCAGCUUCUGGCCCAGGGAGUUGGUCCAGUCUCUGAGAAGGCCCUGGUCGAUGAGAUGGACAGUGAGAAGGGGAGGGACACUCUGGGAGUGCCCCUGGUGGACCACGAGCGCAUUCAGCAGGUCUGGAAGGACCAGCAGAGAGACAUCACCUGUAUUCAGGACCCAGAGGGCUUCUCUCUGUACCUGAAGACAGGGACACUGAAGAAAGGUGGUGUGGACCUCUGCUGCUACCGCUGUGCUCGUGGCUCCACCUCCUUGGAGUCCUUCCACCUCCAUCUAAAUCGGUUCAUCCCAGGGACCAGUGCCAGCGACGCCCACUUCCAGGCCUACCUUCUGGAGGGUCUGAUGCGCUGGAACCAGGACCGCAUGGAGGAAGCUGUGAGAGGAAGCUGUGAGCUGAGGAUUUACAGCAGCGCUGAGAGGGAGGCCAUGGACCGACUCAGCCGCAAGAUCCUCAAGAGGCCCUUGGACGAGCGCUACCAGCCUCCUGGGUCAUAUACAGGGGAGCUUCUUGGGAUGGAGUACCUUUACAGUCAGUCUGGUCGUUCGCUGACUGUAAUGGACAACCCAGAGGAAGAGGAUCGGCUGGUGGAGCUGAUGGAUGAUGAGGCGGUGCGCGAUGAAGGCUUUGUGGAGGAAGAACCCGAGGACCUGACCGUGCCCGUCCUCUUUGCUCCAGAACACAGCAGCGUCCAGCAGGCCUCCAGCCCCUCUUCCUCUGCACCGUCCACAUCCAGCCGAGGAGAUCCAUGUCAGCUCCUCAACCAGAGUCCUCUGCCUCCUCCAGGGCCGUCUCCCCUGCAGCGCUCUGUCCAGCCUCCUCUACAGCCUCCUCUACAGCCUCCUCCUGUGCAGCGCCCUGCUGAUCCUCCUCUGCCUCCUCCUCUACCUCCUCCCCUGCAGCGCUCUGUCCAGCCAACUAGAGCCUCUGGUCCUGCAGCAUCAGCUGGGUCCAGCGUUGCAGACCAGGCCCCUGCUGCAGUCCUCGGACCUGACGGCAUACCUGGCUGGGAUAAGGUCCAGGACUUGGCGGAGUACCUGGUGUCCCUGCGUCAGGCGCUCUAUCUGGACGAGCAGCAGGUCACAGAGACCAUCCGUCUGUGGACCGCUCUGCCUGAAGGGGACAAGAGGCGGAUCAAUUAUCAGCCCAGGCACCAAGACAAGCUGGCCCACGGCCGCUUUAAGGCCCCCAGGAAUACGGGCGUCACCCCGGGUGUGGACAGCGUCAAGAGGUGCCUGAUUGGUCAUCCAGGGGGACCGGCUCAGUGGCCCAGCACCAGUCGUCUAGUUGAGGCUCUGUGCAUUAAAUUGUGUUCACUGCACAAGUCCCCAACUAAGAAGGAUGGAGUGCGGCUUCCUCGGUGGACCAAGGUGCUCACGGACUACCACCACAUCCGCGACCUGGUGCUGGACUGCCACCCCCUGAUGGAGGCCACCUCACUUCAGCUUUUUGUCCUCAACCAGAGGACUCUGACACAGUGGUUUAAUCGAAGGGAGAGCACGCAGGAGAUCAGUGUCCUCACCCAGGGCCUUGCUGCAGAGGACCACAUCGUUGUGGCCAGCUCACAGCUGCCUCCUCCGCGGGAGAAGCUGGACAAAGUGUCGCCCCCAUCAGGACUCCAGCAUGAGUUUGCCCUCCCGCCGAACAGAGCAGGACAGGCUCCUAAGCUGCGGCCAGGCAGACGACCUGCUAGUGCCACAGUCGUGCAGCCGGUCACCCCAGCAGCUCCUCUUCCUGUCCCAGCUCAGCUUCUUUUAUUGAACCCUGGGUCGACAGUGAUGGCAGCAGGUCAUCACAGGGCUGCUCCUCCCCUGGCUCCUCAUUUAACACCUGCCACACAGGUGGCUCCUGCACCCACUGCCCCUGCGUCUCUGUCCCGCUUCACUGAGAGGAACAGGCGGCGCAGGGCAGAAGAGGAGGCCACCGGGAGCCAGAAAAGAAAGUAUGUCAGAGAAGUGGCUUUUAACAAAUGCAGCAAAUGUGGGCAGCCAAAAACUAAAGAGUUUGGCCACAGCCGCUUCGGCAGCGCCACUUUCUGCCCCAGUGCUUCAGGGGGCAAAUCCUUGGAGCAGUGGCUGGUAGAACAGCGGCAGCUGAAGAAACCGGGAAACCCACCCUAAUAAUGAUGAUGAUAAUAAUAAUAAUAAUAAUAAUAAUAAUAAUAAUAAUAAUAAU